UUAGGAAGCCAAGUUACGCAGAAGCUAAGCAGGCAGAGCUGGAGUCUGGCUAUGCCAAUGAGCCUGCUAAUACUACUGCUCCUGCUGCUGGGAGGCCUGCCCAGCCACAGCCAGGAUGCUGCUACAGCCCUCUCCAUCAUGACAGAGGACAAGAAUUUCCCUCACCUGGGGGAGAGCUCGCAGCCACCCCCCAGAGCCUGCCCCCCUCGAUGCUCCUGCCCCCGGGAUGACACUGUGUCCUGCGAUGGCCUUGACCUUCGGCUCUUCCCCAGUAAUAUCACCAAGGGUGCCCAGCAUCUCUCACUACAGAAUAACCAGCUCCUGGAGAUUCCUUACAAUGAGCUCUCCCGCCUUUGCUACCUUCGGACUCUCAACCUUCACAAUAACCAACUGUCCUCAGAUGGCCUCCCCGAUGAAGCCUUCGAGUCCCUGCCUGAUCUUCAGUACAUUUAUCUGGCCAACAACCAGCUUACUGUGGCACCCCAGUUUCUGCCCCGCUCCCUUCGCAUUGCUGACCUUGCUGCCAACCAGUUGAUGGAGAUCUACCCACUUACCUUUGGGGAGAAGCCUGAGCUCAGGUCCGUGUAUCUUCAUGACAACCAGCUGACCAACAUGGGGCUCCCCUUCGAUGCCUUCCAUGGCUCUGAGGCCAUCACCACCCUCAUCCUCUCCAACAACCAGCUAAGCUACCUCCCACCCAGCUUGCCCUCUUCACUAGUUCGACUCCACCUGCAGAAUAACCAAAUUGCCAAGGUGCCCCGGGGGGCCCUGGGUCGACACUUUCAGCUACGGGAGCUCUAUCUACAGCACAAUCGGCUAUCUGAUGCUGGCCUUGAUGCUACCACCUUCAGUCUCCAAUCCAGGAUCUUCUUGGCCCUCAGCAAACUCAAGAGCCUGGAGUACUUAGACCUGUCCAACAACAGGUUGGGUGAGGUGCCAAAGGGCCUACCACCGAGCCUGGUCAUCCUGCACCUGGGCAGGAACCAGAUUUGCCAUGUGCCAGCGGGACGGCUGAGCGGGGCCAGGGGGUUGCAGUAUCUCUUACUGCAGAACAACCCACUGGGGCCUGGAGGACUGGAUCUGGCUGCCUUUCAGGGUCUUCGGGGCCUGCAUACACUGCACCUUUAUGCCAAUGGGUUGGAACAGGUGCCGCGGGGACUGCCCCGCCGCCUCAGUGCGCUGAUGUUGCCCCACAACCACAUCAGUGAGCUGGGCCCUCGAGCCUUGGCGGCCACACCCUCUCUGGUUGACCUCAACCUGGCCCACAAUCGACUCACCAGUGCACACCUCCACCACCUCGCUUUCCGCCACCUGGGGCAUCUUCGGACCCUUGACCUGGCAGGAAACCAUCUUACACUGCUGCCUCAGGGCCUGCCUGGCAGCCUCCAGGUGCUCAGGCUGCCCAGGAAUCAGGUCAACAGCCUGGAUCCUGAGCCCAUGACCAAUUUAAGCAUGCUCCAAGAGUUACACCUAGGACACAACAGGCUCCGUGUGGGUUCUAUCAUGCCCGGAACCUGGCAGGAAGUCCCCAGCCUCAAGCUCUUAGAUCUCAGCCACAAUGAGCUGUCUUUUGUGCCUCCUGAUCUUCCUGAGGCUCUGGAAUUCCUGUACCUUCAAGGGAACCGCAUCAGCAGUGUGGGUGCCCAAGCCUUUCUCACAACACCCCACCUACGGGCACUUGUCCUCAGAUCCAACCAGCUGCUGAUGACCAGCAUCUCCCCUGAGGCCUUUGUGAACUUACUGCAUUUAGAGGUGGUGGAUACAUCAGGAAACCCUGAGCCAGUCAUCAUCAGGCUGCCUGGACGGCCCAAACGGCCUCAGGCCCACUGAACCAAGCUGACCAUCCUAUCGUCUAGCAGGAACACCCAGAGCUACUGUGCAUACCUUCUCUGGUCACUCAGCUGCCUUUCUCUCUGAGGAUGCUUUCAGGGCACUCAGUGGCCAAUGCUUGCUAUCUCUGCAAGAGCCAGUUAGCAUGGUGGGUGGGAAUGGGGGCCAGGCACCAAGCUGGCUUUGGAGGACACAAGGCCCUUUUCCACUUUCUGGAUGGGUAGAUUUUACUGAUGGAGACCUUUGCCUGGGAUCUUCAGGGGCAAGGAAUUAUAAGGACUAGCAAACUCCUAGUAGUGACUGAUAAGGGUCGGGGGUAUCUAAUCCACCUGAUUGAAAGACCACCUACCCCCUUGUGGUCCACAUGCCACCACAUACCCCUACCCUCAAGCAGACACUCAGUGACACGACCCUUUCUUCUAUUUGGAUAUCUGAGUCACAACUGAGGUGCUAUUCCUCAGUGUUCCCUGUCCACAUUAAGCUUCCCCUAAGUGCUUAGCAUGGAGGGAAAUUCUCGAGUGGACCAGGAAGCCUUAUGGUUAGGUGAGAGG